GCCAGUUGCGUCGAUUACCCUACUACCGGCGGCGCCCUGGCAGUGGCAGUCACCACCACCAACUCCAGAGUCCAAACCCCGUCUCCGCCGCUCUCACUCUCCCCACAAGCCACAAACGCCGGACACGACCUCCCAUCUCUUCUCGUCAGGGGGCAAGAACUCGAUGCAGAUGCCUAUCAUGGCUGGACUGUCCAAGAUUCUCUUCUUCCCCCUUCUCCUCCUCUUCUCCGCCGCCGCCGCCUCGCCGUCGUCGGACGCGGAGGCGGUCUCCCGGUUCCAGGAGUACCUCCGCAUCGACACCGCGCAGCCGGCGCCGGACUACGCCGCGGCGGUUGCCUUCCUCCGGGACCAGGCGGCGGCCGCCGGGCUCGAGGCGCGGACUCUGGAGCCCGCCGCCGGCAAGCCCCUGCUGCUGCUCCGGUGGCCCGGGCGGCGGCCGUCGCUCCCUUCCAUACUUCUCAACUCCCACACCGACGUCGUCCCGUCGGAGCCCAAGAAGUGGGAGCACGGGCCUUUCUCGGCCGCUCUCGACGAGGCAUCCGGCCGCAUCUACGCGCGUGGCUCCCAGGACAUGAAGUGUGUGGGGAUGCAGUAUCUUGAAGCCAUCCGUCGUCUCCGUGAUGCGGGCUUUGUCCCAGACCGGAACAUCUAUAUAACAUUUGUCCCCGAUGAGGAGAUUGGUGGACACGAGGGUGUUGAGCCAUUUGUUGCAUCAAAGGAAUUCAAAGAGCUAAAUGUGGGUCUGGUUCUUGAUGAGGGACUUGCAUCCCCUGGGGAGGAGUACCGGGUCUUUUAUGCAGAGCGUAGCCCUUGGUGGCUUACUAUUAAAGCAAAGGGAGCACCAGGGCAUGGUGCAAAGCUGUAUGAUGGUAGCGCGAUGGAGAAUUUAAUGAAGAGUGUGGAGGCUAUUCGAAGGUUCAGGACUGCUCAGUUUGAUUUGGUUAAGUCUGGAGAGAAAGCUGAAGGGGAUGUUGUAUCUGUGAAUUUUGCGUACUUGAAGGCUGGGACACCAACACCCACGGGUUUUGUGAUGAAUCUACAACCAUCUGAAGCAGAGGUAGGUAUUGACAUCAGAAUCCCUCCUAGUGUUCAUACUGAAGCACUAGAGAGGCGUCUUGUCGAAGAAUGGGCACCUGCUUCACGCAACUUGAGCUUUGAGUUUAAACAGAAGGGCUCUGUCCUUGACAACUUUGGGAAGCCAGCCAUGACAACUGCUGACAGCUCAAACCCAUGGUGGCCUGUGUUUGAAGAAUCUGUGAAGAGAGCUGGUGGCAAACUUGGUAAGCCGGAGAUAUUUCCGGCCUCUACUGAUGCUCGUUAUUUCCGGGAACUUGGCAUUCCAGCGUUCGGGUUCUCUCCUAUGGCGAACACCCCAAUACUGCUCCAUGAUCAUAAUGAGUUCCUGAGCAAAGAUGAGUACCUCAAAGGAAUUGGGAUAUAUGAGUACAUUAUUAAGGCACUGGCCACACACAAAGAUGACACCAUCGAGAGUGAAUCUAGGGCAGAGCUAUGAGGAAAGAUGAUCUUAUCUCGCAACGGUGGAAUUCUCGCUGCAUGAUUGUAGUGCAGAAGCAGGUUUUGACAAACACAUGCUCUGAUUCUGCCCCGUGGCCAUAGCUAAACCACAAAUACGGUCCUUGUACAUCUCUAAUAAUUAGAUCUAAAAUAAUUGGUGAUACACAUCAGUAAUUCUUCAGCAUAUAGUACUUAAAUAAGUGAUGGUAUUUUAUUCUCGGCAUAAUUCAUGUUACUGCUGCUACUUGAUGCCUCAGUGCUGUAUAAACAUGUGUGUCUGUGUCUCUUCUGAAGUAGUCACUGGUAUGAACCUCCCAAAUAAAUAUUCUUUACCGAA